AAUUCCUCGAACCAUCCACAGUGUAUCUUCCAUUUUAAAGGUUCACCAGAACACGUGUCGCGCACCGUUCCAAUUAGGGCUUUUGCUGCAGACGCUUGUGUAUAUAUACACCCACUUCUUCACCUUUCCCAUAACCUUCUCUUCUUCCCGAGAUCGUCUCUGUGAUACCCCUCGCCCUCUUCGCAGCCAUGGCCAAAGGUCCUGGUCUUUACUCUGAUAUCGGCAAGAAGGCCCGUGAUCUUCUGAACCGGGAUUUCCAGACGGACCAAAAGUUCACCAUCACUACCUACUCUCCUACGGGUGUUGCCAUUACUUCAUCUGGGUCAAAGAAAGGAGAUCUAUUUUUGGGUGAUGUCACCACCCAGUUGAAGAACAAGAACAUUACCACUGAUAUCAAAGUGGACACCAACUCCAAUCUUUUUACAACCAUCACUGUUGAUGAAGCUGCUCCUGGAUUGAAAAGCAUUGUGAACUUCAGACUCCCUGAUCAAAGAUCUGGUAAGGUUGAACUUCAAUAUUUACAUGACCUUGCUGGCAUAAGCACUAGUGUUGGUUUAACAGCAAGCCCAGUUAUAAACCUUUCUGCUGUCUUGGGAACUAAUGCUCUUGCUCUUGGAACCGAUGUUUCCUUUGACACCAAGUCUGGAACUUUCACCAAAUACAAUGUUGCCUUCAGUUUGACCAACUCAGACCUCAUUUCUGCAUUGACCUUGAAUGACAAAGGUGACACCGUGAAAUGGUCUUACUUCCACCAGGUGAACCCAUUGAGCAACACGUGUGUUGGUGCCGAGGUGGCCUACAGCUUCUCUACCAAUGAGAACAGCAUCACUGUGGGAGCCCAGCAUCAGCUGGAUCCUUUGACCACAGUCAAAGCACGAGUGAACAACACUGGGAUAGCGAAUACUCUGAUUCAGCAUGAGUGGCGUCCCAAGUCGCUUAUUACCCUGUCUGGUGAGGUGGAUGUCAAGAACAUUGAUAAGAGUGCUAAGUUUGGUCUUGCUCUGGCUCUAAAGCCAUAAAUUGAGCUGUUUAGACACAUGGUAGGUGGAGGGAGCGUUUUUAGUUUUUUGGCUAUGUUGAAGAGGUGUUUUUUUGGAUUGUAAAAAUAAUUCUAGGUUGUCCGAUGACUUUCAACCAUUCCAUUUCAUGGUACUACCUUCCUAAGCACCAUUCAAGCCCAAGAAGGUGUUGAAUUUUUAUUGCUCAAUAAUUUUGCACAUGAGUUCUUCCUCUACUUUGGGUUACAUCUUUAUUAAUCGUUUACAACUUUACACACAGAUAGUUGCUUACACGUUCAUGAAAAAGAACUCUUGCAUUUCUUUGAUGUAGUAUGUAUACUGUAUACGUAGUAGUAUUUACAAUUCAAA